AUGUUUCGAGCCUUUAUGGAACGCUUCGAAAACAAUGCGAACAAGCCAUCGCCGGGUCGGCUGGCCACCGAGCCGGCGUCAACCACUAACCAGGCGGUCGAGUCCAUCGAGCCCGAGCUUCCGACAAGUGGCGAUUCUCGUCUUCUGGACCAAGACCGGGACCGGGAUCGCGACCGUCUCCCUCCUUCCCACCAGCAGAGCGGCUUGGACCAACGAAACGACCCCGAUGGCGAGGACAAUGCUUCGGGCCGUCUCGAAUCUAACGGCGACGACGAAGCAAUAUCAACCGAGGCCGAGCGACGGGUCAUCCACGCGGACAGCUUCGGAGAGCUGGACAUGGAUGAGAACGGCGAACUUCGAUACAUCGGGCUCGGUUCGAUGACGGCCAUCAUCGAUACAUGCAUCGGGCUCCGUCGACACAUCUACUCGGGCCUGGAAAAGAAAGGCUAUCUGCGAAUCGACAGUACCCUGUCCAGUCCGCGGGCCUCGAAUGCUCUGGGCGAUCCCCAGACGCCCGGCCAUCACAGCCUGGUCCUCCAGAUUCCCCAGGCGGCGCUGGUGAACAUCUUGAUCGGCACGUGGGAGAGAAACCUCUGGACUCUGUUUCCUGUGGUGCGGCCCGACGAACUGCGGGCCUUGUACGCCGAGCUGCAAGUCCCGGAUCGAUUCGACAUUGGUUCGACCGCCAUCCUGUUCGCCGUGCUCGCCGUCUGUGUGCCGACGGCGCGAAAGGUGCACGGAAGCGCCGUGGAAGGAUAUCUUAUGGACUACGGCGACGACCCUUCCUCACAGUUCUACAACACCGCCAAACAUUUCGUCGACAUGCCCCAAUCAACGCCUCAGGGAUCCCGCCGAAGGAAUUCCAAGGUGCUGAUCGCCUUGGGCCUGAUGAGCAUGUAUCUGACGCAGGUUGGAAGUGAGGCCGAGGCGUGGAUGACAGUAGGAAGAGCCAUCCGGUUAGGACAAGAUCUCGGGUUUCACAGAUCUCCUGGCAAGCUUCGGCUCCCCUCGGACGAAGCGCAGGCCAGAAGGCGAAUCUUCUGGGCCCUGUACAUCCUCGAGCGACAACUCAGUGGCGCGCUGGGUCGGCCUCUAGCGAUCAACGACGAGGACUGCGACGUGGAACUGCCGGACGCCGACGCCGACGCCGAUCCCGCCCUGCAAGGCUUCAGCGCCAUGGCGCAUCUGCACAAGAUCAUCGGGAACAUCUUACGGACGGUGGCCUCGGUGAAGAAUGCCCAGACGUGGCAGGACAGCGAGAGAUACGAGGAACUGCGGUCGCGAGUCCUGUCUCUGAACCAGCAGCUGCGGCAGUGGUCCACGGAGAACGUGGCCCAGACGAUCAAAGACGCACAGUCGGACGGGACGCUCGUCUACCGCCACAUCGCGCUGUCGUCCUUCUUCUCCGCCGUCCUCAAUCUCCACCGGCUCUACAUGAGCAACCCGCACCGAACCUCGCCCUUGGAAAACUCGCAGGCUCUGCUCCAGUGUUCCAAGGCCGCAACCAGCUGCAUCCGCGGCACCAGCACCUUUCUGAGCUGUGUGCCCACCUCUCACUACACGCUGCUUCACGGCCACCAUUGCUUUCUCAGCGCCACCGUCCUGCUGCACUGCAUCCGAGCCAACGCCGAACCCGCGUUUGCCCAGACCGCGCUGGCCGAUGUCGAGGAGGCCGUGCGUUGUCUGCGAUCGCUCGAGCCGACCUGGCCCGGUGCCGAGAAAUGUCGCGGCAUCGUCGAAGAGUACGUCGAAUUCACGCUCAACGUGCUCCAAAACGGCAAACGCGGCCAAUGCUGUUUCUCCCACGACCACCACGACCACCUCGCCCACGACGGCUCAUGCAACUUGAUGCCUCCUUCCGCUGCAAGGCGUCCGCCGGUCGACCCGUUGAGACGGCACAUGGGCCACCAGCCACCGGCUGCCACGCUGAAGCGCAAACGCUCCACCUACGAUCCGCCGGUCGCUCAUCAGUUCAACCCACCACUACCACCACCACCUCCUCCUCCUCGACCGGAGCCCGUCACCGUGUCCUGGCUCUCGAGCCAGUCCGAUGUGACUCCCCCGGCGGCGCCGCCGAGGAUGGUCAAGGGCGGUAUGGCCAACUACACGGACUUCAAUUUCGAGGAUCUCGAUGCCAUGCUGGCAAAUUCGCACGACUUCUCCUCUUCUGCACCUUUCAACGCCCUCGAUUUCUCUUCCAUGCAAGCCCUGCCGGAUCUAGGGAUGGAUUUCUGUUUUCCGGAGUUUCCACAUCUUUGA